AUGGUUCUCCAGGAGCCCAUCGCCGUUAUCGGCUUUGAUCUUACGUUUCCUGGCGAUGCCAGUACACCUGCAGGCUUCGCAGAACUUCUCGCCAAAGGACGAUCCGCCCAUGGCGAAGUACCAAAGGAUCGUUAUGAUGUAGAUUCUUUUUACCACCCGGAUGCUUCUCGGGCCGGAUCCAUGAGUGUGCGAACAGGCCAUUUCCUGAAAGAAGACGUAUCGAGAUUUGACGCACCGUUCUUCUCGUUUAUGGCCACGGAAGCAGAUUGCCUAGACCCUCAGCAGCGGAUGCUGUUGGAAGGAACCUAUCGAGCUCUUGAAAAUGCUGGCAUCUCUUUACAGGGUGUCAGUGGAACCGACACCUCGGUGUUUUCUGGUGCAUUCACCCAUGAAUACAGAAGCAUUCUGUUGAAAGAUCUCGACAGAGAACAUCUCAAGUAUGCUCCACUGGGACUGAAUGCUCCAAUGCUUGCAAACAGAAUCAGCUGGUUCUACAACCUCAAGGCCCAGAGUCUUACAGUUGAGACUGCAUGCUCGAGCAGUCUUGUAGCCUGCCACUUAGCGGCACAGAGCUUGGACAACAAGGAAUCAUCCAUGGCAAUUGUAACUGGUUGCAAUCUCAUUCACAACCCUGACAUGACCAAUCACCUCUGCAAUCUUGGAGUUCUCUCACCAGACGGAAAGUCUUACAGCUUUGACGAGAAGGCGAACGGUUACGCCCGCGGUGAGGGUAUCGCCGUUAUCAUCCUUAAGAGAGUAUCCGAUGCAAUCAGAGACGGUAACACUAUCCGUGGCAUCAUCAGAAAUAUUGGAUGCAACCAGGAUGGCAAAAGUCCCGGUGUCACUAUGCCAACCGCGGAAGCGCAGUCGAGCCUCAUGAACCGUCUGUACACCGAAGCCGGUCUCGAUCCUGGCGCAACCAGAUACUUCGAGGCACAUGCCACGGGUACUGCUGUUGGAGACCCCAUCGAGAUGAGUGCUAUUAACUCAGUUUUCUCAAAGCGCCUUUCUGCUGAAAACCCGAUGUAUGUCGGUUCUGUCAAAACGAACGUAGGCCAUCUUGAGGGUGCUGCGGGUCUUGCUGGCUUGUUGAAGUCCGUUUACAUCCUCGAGAGUGGCAUCAUACCUAAGAAUCUGUGGUUCGAGAAGUGGAAUCCCCAAGUACAGCUUGAUGAGAGCUUAUUCUUAGUUCCCACGACUGCGGUACCCUGGCCAGACAACACACCGCGAAGAAUCUCGCUGAACAGCUUUGGUAUAGGAGGAACCAAUGCGCAUGUCAUUCUUGAAGACGCCUGCUCAUAUCUUGAAAGCCGCGGGCUGAGAGCGCCACACUCUACUUCACGCCGUUCACUUCUCUAUCAAACGGAGGAGACUCGACUAGCUGCUUCGAGAACUCAGUCUCAAAUCAAACCGCAGCUCUACGUUUUGUCAGCGUUUGACCAAGCUGGGGUGAAGAGACUUGCAGACUCCUAUGUGCGCCAUUUGGAGGUUAGAUCAUCGACUUUUGGUGAGACUUACCUCGAUGAUCUAAGCUACACGCUUGCAGCCAAGCGAAGCAACUUCCACUGGAGGGCAGCUGUGGUUGCUAAUGACAAUGAAAGUCUCUGCGAGCGCUUGAGAGAGCUUGAGAACCCGACUCGAUCGAACACCAAAAUCGAGAUCGGACUCGUGUUCACUGGCCAAGGCGCACAAUGGCUCGGUAUGGGACGCGAGCUCCUGAGAUACACGGUGUUCAGGGAAAGUAUUGAGGCUGCCAAUGCGUAUCUCCAGAGCUUAGGAUGCUCUUGGUCUCUGACAGGUAACCUACCAAUAGUCACUCCGUUUCAAAUUCACUUUACUUACAUCACUACAGAUGUGCUGUCCAUGAACACGGAGAAGAUAAACAUUGAGACUCCAGCUUCAAGCCACCCAACGGUGACCGCUCUGCAGGUUGCUCUCGUCGACCUUCUUCAAAGCUGGUCAGUAGCACCGCAUGCUGUCAUCGGCCACUCCUCUGGCGAGAUCGCAGCAGCUUAUGCAUCUUCAGCCAUUUCUCGAGAGAGUGCAUGGAAGAUUGCUUACCACCGUGGACGUCUGUCUUCAACAAUCAGCACGGGGGCCAUGAUUGCAGUCAGUCUUGGAAGAGAAGAGGCCAAAACUUAUGUCGAGAAAGUCAACGAACAAGACAGCGAGGGUCAUGUCACGAUUGCUUGCAUAAAUAGCCCAAAGAGCGUCACCAUUAGCGGCAGUGCCAAAGCAAUUGACCUGCUCUCAUCUCUCCUGGACUCGGAUGGAAUCUUUGGCCGAAAGUUGAGGGUCGUCAAUGCCUACCAUUCUUCUCAUAUGGACUCAAUUGCCGAGGAAUACGCCAGGAGCAUCGGAACGAUUGAGCCAGGGACUCCUCUAGAAGCAGCAUCAGUACCGAAGUUCUUUUCUUCGUACUUGGGAAGGCAAGCAACGACUCAAGACCUACUUGACCCGGCAUACUGGGUUGGCAACUUGCUCUCACCGGUGGAAUUCAGCAGUGGCUUGCAAGCUAUGAUGACCGACUCGGUGGAUGAUGCAUCAACUUCAAAGAAAGCAGCAGUCGGUCUCCUCGUUGAGGUUGGCCCGCAUUCAGUUCUCCAGUCUCCCAUUCGUGACAUUCUACAAAUCACACCUGGGGUCAAGGACGUCACUUACACGUCUAUGCUCAUCAGAAAUCGUCCAGCCGACGGCACGGCCCUCGAAGCGGCAGGUUAUAUGUUCUGCCGAGGUUAUCAACUUGACAUGUCUGCUGUGGUUUCCAGCACGGCUGGAAACGCUCAUCUUAAAAUGCUUGUCGACCUCCCCGCCUACCCAUUCGACCAUUCAACAGUUUACUGGAACGAAAGUCGACUGAGCAAGAACUAUCGGUUCCGCAAGCAUCCACGCCAUGAUCUCCUGGGUUCACCAGUUCCAGAUUGGAAUCCCUCAAAUGCCAUAUGGGGGCAUUUCAUUCGAGCCAAAGAGAACCCAUGGGUCAAAGACCACGUCAUCACGGGCAGCACUCUUUAUCCAGCUGCCGGAAUGCUGGUAAUGGCCAUUGAAGCUUGUAAGCAGUUGGUUGAUCCUGCUCUUAAGCUAGCUGGUUUCCGAUUCAAGGAUGUCUCAUUCCAUGCUGCCCUCAAUAUCCCGGAAGAUGCGGAGGGAAUCGAAACCCGCUUCCAUCUUCGCCCUCUCUGGGAGGGAACAUCAAGUCAGUCGGCGACAUGGAGUGAGUUCGAACUUUGGAGCUACCAAAACGACGAAUGGCGGAAUCAUUGCCGUGGUUGGAUUCAAGUCGACAUCGACUCGAGCCAUACCAUUGUGGACGGUGGUUUGGAGCAGGUGAAGUUCGAGGAGACCUGCGUAAAGGUCGUGAAAGAUUCCGACAAUACUUGUCUUGACCCUCUCACUCAUGACCAAGUGUACGAGGCUUUUGAUUUGGCCGGCCUGAGCUAUGGCCCUUCUUUCCGAAACCUGUCAGAUGUCAGUGUUGGGCCGUCUACCCUGGCAGCAAUGACUCUUACAUCACCGGAUCUGGUAUCUAUCAUGCCAUACGGUUUUACUCACCCCCACGUUAUCCAUCCUACAAGCCUCGACAGUGCCAUAUCGGGCGCCUUUAUCGCACUGCAUCGGGGUGGCGCGGAGGGCGACAUGCAAGCCGCUGUGCCAACAUCGAUCAAAGAGAUGUGGAUUGCUUCCAGUCAGAAUGAAACCACUCCGCUACAAUCGAUGCGACUAUCUGCUGGUACCAUUGACAAAGGAGCCAGAAAGUUUGAGGCGGAGUUGAUCGGAGUUGAUCCCCAAUCCCGAAAGCCUCUUCUCACGGUCAAGGGGCUGGUAUGCACCUCCAUCGCCCACGGCGAAACGACCUCAUCCGAUACCAACACAUGCUACAACGUCGACUGGAGACCAGAUGCUACCCUUUUGAAGCAAGAACAUGCUUUGCGGGGACUCAAUAUCUCGGAAUCGCUUCUCGAUCCCAACGAGUCUGCCAUCUGUUCCGACACACAUGCUCUCGUUUAUGCAUACCUAAAGCGUUAUUUAGAGUCGUAUAGUGCUGAAAGCGUUGAUUCGACGAAGUCUCAUUAUCAGAAGUACUUGACUUGGGCUCAACGCUUCAUUGCCAACCGUGAGGGGCGCACAUUCAACCGCGAGGAGCUCGAUUACUCCGACGAGGCUAUCGCCGCUCUGGAGACUAAACUGGACAACUCAAGUGCUGGAGGACGGUUGAUGGUUGGCGUUGGACGGGUACUGCCCGACAUUCUCUCCGGCGCACGGGAUCCGCUCCAAGUCCUCUUCACUGACCAGCUUGCUGAGAACAUCUACCACCGGCCCUACAGCUCUGCCAUCAUCGGAAACUACAUGCGCACACUGGCACACAAGAACCCGCACAUGCAAAUCCUUGAGGUUGGAGCUGGAACGGGAGCAACUACUGGUCCGGUUCUUGAAGCACUCACUCGAGACGGGAAGCCGCUUUUUGGGAGAUAUGAUUUCACGGAUGUUUCACCUGCCUUCCUUGCCAAAGCCGAGCAGAACUUCCAGAGCACUGCAAAUAAGAUGGGAUUCGCCACGCUCAAUAUCGAGCAAGAUCCCCUGGUUCAGGACUUUGCGCAAGAGCAGUACGAUGUCAUCAUUGCUUCCAACGUCAUUCACGCCACCAGAAGCAUCCAUGAGACGUUGCGCAACAUACGCCUUCUUCUGAAGCCCGGUGGGAAAUUUAUACUCUUUGAGGUCACCAACUUGGAUACGUAUGGCAACUUCUCGUUCGGAUUGCUUCCAGGCUGGUGGCUUAGUACGGAAGAGUAUCGCAAAGAUGGCCCACUCCUGACAGUUGAAGGCUGGGACUCGCAUCUCAAAGACAGCGGCUUCGGUGGUAUCGACCUCUGUUUCGACGACGGUCUCGCGCCCGCAGAAUUCAACGUCAUGAUUGGCACCGCCAAGCCUGCAGAGACUGAGCAUUCUGAAGACGACUCAGUUAGCAUCAUCGUUGACGAUCGAUGUGCGUUACAGCAGCAUCUUGCGAGCCGACUUCAAACUGCUUUGUUAUCUUGCGGUUCCAAAGUUUCCGUUGAAAUCGUCAAGUUGGUGGAUUUGAGCACAGCCAGUCUAGAGCGAAAGACGUGCAUCUUCCUUCCGGAGCUCUUUGAGUCUGUUCUUGCUAAACCCAACGAAAAGGUUUUCGGCGGAAUCAAGAACAUGUGCGGAUCGGCUCAUGCUAUCUUGUGGGUUGUUCAAGGAGGGGGUGUUGCCCCAACCAACCCCACGGCCGAUAUGGUACUUGGGUUUGCGCGAACCAUGAGAAUGGAGAAUGCAGCUCGAUUUCUCACCUUGAGCCUUUCCAGCCUCCCUCCCUUGGAGGACUGCGGGCAUGCCGCCGACACGAUUCUGCAGUUCGUCAAUGAGAAGCUUCUCGCUUCUGACACUUCCCCUCUUGUCGACAAUGCUUUCUGCGAACACGAUGGACUCCUCAUGAUUCCCCGACUCAUCACUGGUUCCGGUUUGUUCGGUGGCAAUGGCUCUAGGGCACUUUCUGGCCGCAACGCCGGGCCGGAGCCAACUGUCUUUGGAGCCAGUCCUGAACGAGCAUUGAUGUUAGAAGUUGCAACUCCUGGACUUCUUGACUCAAUGCGCUUCGUUGACGAUGAUAUCUACAGCCGUCCUCUGGGUGAAGGCGAGGUUGAGUUCCGUAUCAUGGCUGCUGGUCAAAACUUCCGGCAUCUUCUGCAUGCCUUGGGUCAACUCCCAAACAGCGCAAACGGUGCCGAAGCCGCCGGUGUUGUCACUCGGACGGGUCCAAACACCCCCUUCACUGUCGGUGAUCGUGUUUUCGGCUGCCAUCAGAGACUUUUCGGUACCUUUGCUCGAGGUCCUCACCACUGCUUGGCACCGAUUCCAUCUCAACUAUCCUUCUGCGAAGCUGCGGCUAUCCCGAUCGUCUUCAUGACGGCUUACAUGGCCCUCUAUGACUACGCGCGCAUUCAAAGGGGGGAGACAGUGCUUAUUCACUCGGCCGCUGGAGGUCUCGGUCAAGCAUGUAUUCAGCUGGCGCAGCUCGCGGGCGCCGAGGUCUUUGCAACUGUCGGCUCCCUCGAUAAACGAGAUCUUCUCGUCAAGACCUAUGGUAUACCGUCUGAUCACAUCUUCUCGAGUCGCGACCUGAGCUUUGCCCGUGGUGUCAUGCGUAUGACUGGCGGAAAGGGAGUUGACGUUGCUGUCAACUCACUAUCUGGGGCCGCGUUGCGUGCCACUUGGGAGUGUCUGACAUCUUUCGGCCGUUUCGCCGAGUGCGGCAAAAAGGAUGUUCUGGCUGCAGCAACGCUUCCGAUGCACCAGUUCCUCAGAAACGUUAGCUUCCGUUUGAUCGAUCUUGAGAUGCUGGUCAUGGAGAAGAAGGAGCAAGCUGGACGCUUGAUGAGAGAUGUGAUGCAGCUCGUUGCUGAAGGUUCUAUCAAGAGCAUCCAGCCACUUCAUGUCUUCCCAUACUCUCAAGUCCAGGAGUCUUACAAGUUCAUGCAGUCCGGAAAGCAUUUCGGAAAGAUUGUCCUCGAAUCACGACCUGACGACGUGGUGAUGGCUACACCGUCACAGAAAGCAUCAUGGACAUUCAGUCCAAAUGCCACCUACGUAAUCUCCGGCGGAUUGGGAGGUAUUGGACGCGGAAUCGCAAGGUGGAUGACCAAGCGUGGAGCUCGAAACUUGGUCCUUCUUUCUCGAACGGGUCCUACGCGAAAGUCAGCUCAAGCGCUAAUGACUGAGCUGAAGUUAAAAGGCGUCACGGUUUUCUGUCCAGUAGCGGACGUUACAGACGCAGCAGCGCUCAGAAAGGCGCUUGAUGAUGUCUCAGCAAAAAUGCCUCCAGUCAAGGGUUGCAUACAGGCUGCCAUGGUGCUCAAGGCUACCCUAUUCGCGAAUAUGUCGGUUAAGGACUACAUGACUUGCGUUGAUCCAAAGCUGCGAGGCUCGUUGAACUUGCAAGAGAUGCUGCCAUCAACCAUGGACUUCUUCGUCCUUCUUUCAUCUUUCGCAGGUCUCAUCGGUGAACCGGGCGAAGCCAAUUAUGCUGCUGGAAAUACUUAUCAAGACUCUCUGGCUCGCCAUCUAGUUUCCAAGGGCCAGAAAGCUGUUGCGAUCGACCUUGGCAUGAUGGGUUCAAUUGGCUACGUUGCUGAAAGUCUUGACAGAGCAGCGCAGCUGGAGCACAUUGGUCUCGACGCCAUGAGACCCCAUGAGCUAUACAACAUCCUCGACGAAAUCUGUGAUCCUAGCCUUCCGCUACCCUCUACUCUGGAGUCUCAAGCAGUCUUCGGUGUUCCGAAAUUCCAGGAUCCUCGAUCGCUGAAUGGCAGGACACCUCUAUGGAAGCGAGACCCCAUUUUCAUACACCUUCGACCGUCAGAUGACAACUCUGAGCAAGCUAAUGGCGAUCUUGGGGAUGAGACCCUGAGCUGCCGGCGUCUCCUCAGCCCUGCCGAAUCAACUGAGGCAGCAGUCGAGGUUGUCAUCCAGGGGCUUGCUCAAAAGAUCUGGAACAUACUCAAAGCAGAUGUACAAGUUGAUCUUUCUGCUCCACUGCAUUCGUAUGGCGUUGAUUCUCUUGUUGCGAUCGAGUUGCGGUCAUGGAUUGUCAACGAGAUGGGUGCGGAGAUGACCAUCUUUGAGCUGAUGGGCAGUGGCGGGCUGGAUGUUCUGGCGCCUCUGAUUGUUAAGAGAAGUGUUUUCGUGUCGGUGAAGGGUUGA